CAUAAGAAAUGAUUUCGUACGUAGAAAUGUAAUAUCUGUAGUGGAGCUGUUUCGCUUGAAUUUCAAGAAGAGAUCUGCGACGAAUGAAAAUUUGGAUCUACGUGUUUGAUCUGGAAAGUUCUGAGCUUUAUGUCCCAGAGACAUCUGGAAUCGUCUUCGCGGAACUCCCUUGAAUCCUGCACCUUGCAGCUCCUCUCAUGGCGUCCGUUUCACGGAGCCGCUCCCAAAACCCUAGACCCGUCUGAGCCGCAGAAACCCUUCAGCUCCACCAAUGGGUUUCACUCCACUCCCAAGCGGCCUUGCCUCUCUGACCGCUCCACCUCUUUCUCCAUCGAAGCCAUCAGCCGCCUCUCUCUCGCCGACGACGACAACUGCGGAGGCGGUGGUGGGAAAGCUCCGGCGUCUAAUUACAAGAAGGGAAGUCUCCGGCUGGUGGCGAGGAAGCGGCGGCGUCGCGGGUCGAGAUCGGUGUCGGGCAGGAGCAGCGAUCGGAGCGCGAAUCGGAGGUGCUGCUCCGUCGGAGCUCACGGGACCUGCUCGGAUUUUCCGUUCACCGUCGGUACGGAUUCGAGCGGAGAGCUAUUCGGCGACGUGAGCUGGGCUUCCGACGUGAGCGAGGUGCGGAAUUCCGGCGGCGGAGGAGGGAACGGGGAGAAGGAAGGCGGCGGCGGAGGAUUCGGGAUGGGGAUCGAGCCGAUGGGAAGCGAAUCCGGGUACGGGAGCGAGCCCGGGUACAGAGGGGAUGCUGAAUUCGGGUAUGGCGAUGAGUUCGAUGAAGAAGAAGAAGAUGCUAAGCUGAUGUUCUGGGGAGAUUCAAGAAUGGAGGUGGUCGGGGAGAAGGAAUUCUCGGACAAGAAAGCUCACAACAGGUGCCGCCGCAAGAAGCAUGACUACCGAACUCUUGACGAUUCCAUGAGAUAACCACACGGCCAUUUGCCAUCCAUAAUCUCUUAUCAAACUCCAAGUUUUCCCCUUCAUUGUUAUUUCUUUGAAGACUAGCAAAAAUGGUGAAAAGUUUUUUUUUUCUCUCUCUAGUGAAAAAAACCCCUACUUGACCAUUGGGUUUGAGUCAAUAUGAUUUGGGAAGACGAGCAUUGUAUAACAUCAAUAUAGGAGUUUUACAUGUUUUAUUAUUGA